AUGGAUAUAGCACAAGGAAGUAAUGUCGUCCUUUCUUUGGAUCCUCCCUCGACAGAGCCGAGCGAAGAGGAACUAUCACCGCUUCUCACAAACCCCAUACCAUUUGGCGCACCACCAGCGUAUAACACAGUCAGACUGCCCACUAAACCGGUCACAUACUCAUUUUCAAGAUUGUCUUUCAACUCUUUGAUCCUCAUUCCUCCGCCAGAAUCUCCCGACUCGCGUCCGCUGUAUCACAUCUCCGUAAACAUCAACGUUUUCAACCCCAUGUCACAUAUAACCAUCAUCCAUCGCGGUCCAACUGAGGAUGAUCCGUAUGUAGGCGAGUUUGAAACAGGGAUCUCUUCCAACGAUGCGACGGUUUACAUGGGGGGUGUUGAAACACCCCUUUCAACGAGAUUAUCCAAACGGGGCAGCGCUCAAGCCGGCAGGUGGAGCUGGACUGGUCCAGACUUAAAGCAUAAGCUUGCGUGGAAUUGCGAAGUCACACCCCGCAUCUGUCAUGCUGUGAAUAAUCACAACGUCGUAUACGCUAGAUUUAAACCAAGCAACAAGCUCCGCAAGGCCAACACGCCUCCCGAACUCUCCACGCUGCAAAUUUCGCCUGCAGGGCAAGCAUUUCUCGAUGACAUUCUUAUGUCGGUUCUCCUCAUCGAACAGCAGAGGUUAUGUCCACGCGUUGGUGUAGAUAUAAAGUCCCUGUUCAACUUCAAGCUGUCUCAAAGGUUCAGAAACACUUGA